AUGAAUCCUGAGAUCAAAGUCCUUAAUGGUAAAAUCAAAGAGUUGGAAGCCAGUAUUGGAGUUGAGACUGAUGAUAGUAAAGACCAGAAAAUAGAGCCUACACCUCCACAGGGUUUCACAGCAUCGAGAAAAGACCUAGAAAAUAUUGAAAAUUUCUUCAAUAGGUUUCCCAAUACAACUGUCAAAAACAAGAAUGAAGUGGAAGUGGGGAAGGUAAAGAAGGAAGAGAAAGAAGCUAUUAGAAGAUUUAUUUCCUUAGAUGAAAAUAGUGGUCCAAGUAAAAUUUCGUCUAUGGAGCCAAAUAGGGACACAAGUGCUAAGUCGCUGUUACCAUCUUCAAAAUCUCAUAGGUUAGCAUUUGAUGAGAGUAAAAUCAAGAAGAUGUUUGAAAAGGCUUGUGAAAUUACAGAGAAGACGCAGGCAACGUCAUCAUCAAACACUUCAGGAAAUUCUUCUCGUUUUGUUGAGAAAAAAGUCACAAGUACCUUUGACAACAGAAAGGAGUCACCUUCCAAUACAAAGAGAUCUUCUGAUUCUAUAGAAAACAGUAUUGAUAAGAGAUUAAAAGAGAUAAGAUUGCAGAGUUCCAAAACUCCUUCCAAAAUAGACAUGAGGAGAAUAUCUCCUAUACGAUUAGAUAAAGGUCAUUCACUGUCAGAUAGUCUUGAGAGGCAAAGUAAAAAAAGGAAAAGUAUAGCUGACCAAGGUUUUGUUGAUCCUAGCUUAGCAAGUGUGAAAGUCAAAGACACUGAAAGCCCAGUUGCAAGUAACAUUUCAAAAUCUCUCCUAGAAAGACUAGGAUCAGUCCCUGCCAAGGAAAAAAGCUCUCCAAUUACCCUUAAUGACUCGGGGAAUGGGGAAUCUGAUGGUUAUCACCCUGACGUAACUAGUCCAAGGGAAGUAGUAUCUCGCGAAAGGAAAUCUUUUUGGUGUCAGCACUGUAGCCGUAGUUUUAUUGCAGUGCAGGCGUACAUCUCACACCUGGAGUCUCCUAGGCAUCUCAAAGUUGCAAUGUCAAAGCAGUCUGAGCGUAAAGGGAUCCAUAAUUAUAAGGAUGGUGAUGUACCAAAAGAUCAGGACUGGAUUGAGGAUAAUGCAGCUUGGUAUAAGGGUUCAUCCAACAAGCAAGUUCAGAGUGCUGUAAAACCUGAUGCCUCAUCUGAAGAACUAUGUAUAGCUGUGGUGGGAAUUGACACAUUUUGUACCAAGAAACAACUGGGGCAUUUUCAUUCCAGAUGUUUUGCGCAUGCUAAGUGUUUAUUACGUAACAAAGACAACCAUAUUAGAUAUUCCCCAGAUUCAUGCUCAGUUUGUUUGGAAUACUUGCAACACUGCCACUCCUCUUUAAAGUGCUGUGAACGAAUAUUUAGAAUUUUUAAAACGUUCAAGAAAAGAUGUGGCUUAAAUUUUGACUGGGAGGAGAAGUCCUUGAAAGACUGGUUUUUUGAUAAUUAUAGAAAAAUUCAGGAUGCUAAUGACUCGGCCAAUAGUUCAGUUGUGUCAUUUGAAGAUUUCAAAGCUCAAAUGCAACUGAGAAGCGAAAGCUCAGAGGAAGUUGCUAAUGUUUUAGGUGGACACACAAUGGAAGGUCCUCCUUCAAACAUGGCUGCAAAACCAGAAGAGUCAGGGAAUGAGCCUUCAUUGAGUGAGCUUGUAUCAAGUAAACAACUGUUAUUAAAGAAGAAUAAUGAAAGUGGGGAAUCAUCAAAAGCCAUUCAUGAAUCUUCUGCUGCAGCAGAGAAGAAAGCAUCUUCUGUGAAACCAAAAUGCUUGGACCUUCAUCGUGACUUGGACAAAAGCCAAACUACAUCAAGCAACAAUAUACAAAAUUCUUCUCGGGAAGAUUAUUUAAAACAUGAGUCAUUUUGUGAAUUUUUACAGAAAUAUUCUAAUCUAAGUAGAGACAUGUCAAAAACAAAUGUACAUUCUUACCAUAUAGUUUUUGAUAAGGAUGAUCCUUUCAUCACAGAGGUUUGCAAAAAAUCGAUACGGCUUGAGUUCAAUCCACCUUCAGAUUUAUUGCAAGGUAUCCGUGCUCAGUUUACAUGUGUUAAUGAGGGGUCAGAACAAAUUAUGACCUUUUUGCAUAGAGAACUAUUCACUGUAUCUGAUCUUUCAUUUCAGUUUGGAAAGACUACAGGCUAUUGCAGUCCAGAGCGCCUCGAGAAGUUUAAUAGGACUUUAAAUUUAGCCAAAUCACACUUCAAUAUUUAUGCUGCUCUUGUGGCAGUCAUGUCAACUGUAAGGCAAUAUAAUGAAAGUAAUUCAGAUAGGCAAAAGCAAGAUGUUUCCAAGUUUCAUCAUUGUUUGGUAGAAUCAUUGGCAUACCUAGCAAAGGAAAUUUUGAAUCCACUGAAGUUUUACAUCAACAUGGCCCUCUAUGACAAACACAAGUUACGCCAAUCAGGAUUUAAUCUCCAAGUCGAUAAUACUACAGUUUGUACAUUAGUCAGAUAUAACAUCUUUUCCAGAAGUUUAUUUGAUGAGCCAGCUUUGAAAACAACAUAUCUAUCUUCACCAUACCUCUCAAAGUUUGUAAAUACAGAGAAGUUUGAGGGAAGUAAAGAAGUGUUGGGUGAUGUUAGUGUACAAAGUGUAAAUUGACUCUUUCAAUGAGACGAAAGUUUUUAGCUUUGGAAUUGGCUCCUCCGUCCUUACCGUUAUCAUAUGAGACACAUUUAAAAACUCAAAGGUAUCCUGUUUACCAGUAAGCCAUGUUGAUGCCUCAUGAUUUUUUAUGCAGCCUAUGUCCUCAUUCUUAAAUGUGUGAACUGCACAUUACAGUAGUCUUUAUUUUGUAGUGCUGUAAAGGUUGUGCAAUCGGUACAAUUAAGAUACACUUUAAAACAAUACCCAGAAUACCUUUCUCCAGUUUAUAAAGGUUUAUGGCAUACAUGCUUUUGAACAUUCAGUAACCAUUAUGUAUUGUUCUAAGUAGUGUGCCCUUUUUUUGUUUUGGUGGAGGAUGGUCUAAUUUUAAUAACUUCUAAGAUGCUGUCUUAUGUGUUGUAAGUUUUGUGAAUAUUUUAAUAAUACUUACACUCUGCUGUGUAUUUCAUUUUAAUGUUUAAACUAUGAUAAUGAAACAUGACCUUGCUUGCCAUUGGCAUAUUAGUACAGUUCUGUACUUAACUGUGUCUCAUUGGAAUUACAAGUGGAUACAAUUCUUGCUCUAAUGGAGAUGCAGAUGUUUUGUUCUCUCAGUCUGAAAGCCAUGGAAAAGUAAAUGUCCAGGGUAUUCCAAGAUCAGUAUUUCUGUCAAAUUAAUUAGAAUGCUUUAGAAUGAUGUUUGAAUCUGAUGUAAUGUAAUCAAGAAUUUAGAAGGAAAGUAAGUGUUCCAGAUAGAAAAUAAUGUGGAUUAAGAGUGGAACAUAAUUUUUAUUCAAAAUCAGCUAUGUUUUUGGUGAAAGAAGGUAUGUAAGUCACAUUCCUUGCUGAUCAUUUUGCAGGUUGCUGAAAGACACUUAACCUUGGAUACUUGAAAAUAUUUGCUUUCAAAGGUAAAAUAAUGAACCUUCCCAAGAGGAAUUUCGACUAGUAUUGUAUUGCUUUAAACCACAAACAUUUUCUUGUCUACAUGUAGCUCAAGAUGUGUCUCAAGGCAAAAUCAGUGAAAUUUAAGGGCAGAGAACUACUGUACUGCUGAUCUUAAAAAUGUAGAGCAUCAUAAGUUUGACUGGAAUCUAAGCUAAUGCCUAGUUAUUGUUCUCCAUGGGCUGCUUUAUGUAACUGAGGCUUUUCUAAAAUUCUGUACAAAGUAUUUAUAUUUGUUUAACCAGAGCAGUAAGUUAAGACUACUCUCCAAGGUUUACUGAUUUUUUUCGUCAAUAUGAAAUAAUCCCAGGUCAGAAGCAUAAUUAAUAGAAACCGUACACUACACUAAUACCUCUGUUAGACAUUGUGAGCUUGGGCAUUUUUGAUGUUAUGAUGGUCUUUGUUAAAAAUGAGAGGGAAAAAUGAAAAUUAACAUAUGUCAGUUUAUGCAUCUUUAUUUCAGUUAAAUUUAAAAAUGCUCUAAAAUUACAGAAAUCAAUGGAAAGUGCCAAAUAAUGCAAAGAUAGGUGUUAAAAUGUGUAAAAUAACAUAUCUGCACAGUAAUACAACUAGUAUUUUAAACCUUAGAAAUCUAAAAAAUAUAAUGUAGCCAUGGAAGUUCAGUUAUAGUGGUUCCCACAUUUGGACCAUGUGGCAGCUCUUGUUCUAGAACUAGACCGCAAAUUCAAAUUUGCAGUUGAGUACAUAUUUACAGUGUCUUAUUUCUGUUGAGUUUAUGUCUUAAUAAUUUGUCCCAUGGCUCCAGAGAAAGUUCUAUAGUGCUAGUGCUACUAAGCAUAAUGCUGUACAGUACCAUUAGAAAAUAACGUGGCUGUGAUGAAAGACUGUAGAUAUGUGAAGAGAUGACCACCAUAGGUCAUUCUUUUUGUUUCAGUUGGACAUAUUAUCAUCAGUCAUUCUUAGUGAAACACAGAACACAUUGAUGUCACACAUCAAGUUGAUGCUGUACAGUACAUACAUACCAUUUUGUCAUUUCUUUAUCAUUAUUUUCUACAAAUUUAACUAAAGUAAAAAUGUUUAACUAUCAAACAACUCAUUUAUAUGUAUUAGCACCAUUAUGGAGUUACUUGUAGGGGGUUGAUGGGGUGUCCAGGUAAUUUUUCUAAAGAAAUUACUCAAAUUUUGUUGUUUUUCAACUUAUGUAGUGUGCUUAAAAAUGAACUGAGUGUUUUGUGAGGUAUUAGUGUCCUAGUGAAAAAGAAUUGGCAUACAGGCAGUCCCUGGUUAUCUGGGGACACAGUUAAUGGCAAUCCGGUUCUAUGGCUCUAGUCUAACACCAUAAAAUUGGCAAUUUAUGGCACAUAAUGUGCCAAGUUCUGGUUAUUGGCGCCUAAAAUUAUGGCGUCAUAACAUACCUGACAGGUGCAAUUAACCGGUUAUCGGCACCAUUAACCGGCUAUCAGUGCCAUAAGUCGCCCAGUUUCAGUUAAUGGUGGUUUUCACUUAUCAGUACCCUGCUGAAACUCAGGAGUCUCAUUUUUGUAGUCACCUUCCAGUCACCUUUGUGCUAUGGACGCACUUUUGGACAUAGCCAGUUUGAUCCAUUGGACAAGUACUCAAACUUUUGGUUACUAUUAUUGCAUGUGGUGUUUGGGGGUUUUCUACUAAUGUACGACUACACAGCAAAGUAAAGUUUUGUUUCAUUUGACUGAUGUAUGAAAUUUGUAUUUAUGUAUUGUUUUGCAAUAUUAAAUUAGAACUUUGAAGCAGGAGAAUAGGAUUGAGAUUUCAUAUUCUUAUCCAUUAAAUGUUGUGGUUUAUUGUACAAUAUAUCUUUUCAUCUAUUUUAUACACAGAUGAUGUAGUUCAGUUGUUAUGUGGAGGAAAUUGAAUGCUUGCCUAUUGAGAGAUGGAAUAGUAGUAACAUUAGUGAAUUCCAUAGCUCUAAAUCCUUUAGUUCAGAUUCAUUCCAUUAUUAGGUCUAUAAUUUAUAAGGUCAGUAUACUUAGGCCAUUGUAGUUCAUAAUUUGACAUGUUACGUAUGUUACUUUUUAUUUGUGAAAAGGUAUAUUCGAAGUUAAUACAUACAACUACACAGUAAGGGGAUACCUGGUCCGUGGGAUUUCUUUAAGUGAUGCAGUACAGCUUGGUAAACUAUGGUAAAUGGAAAGUAUAUAAACACCUGAAUGUGUAUAGUAUACCAAAUCAAUAAAUUUUGGUUGAAUUUUUAGUAUAGGUGAAAAUAUGUACAGUACUUCAGUUUUGUGGUACACUUGGUUUUCAGAAAUUCAAACCUAACCAUUGCAAUGUAACUUAACCUUAGGUCUGUAUAUUUAGAAGUCUUAUGCAAGGUAUACCAAUACAUUUUCUGUGGCUCCAUUAUUUUUAUUGAGUGCCAGAUUUCACAACUUUUACAUCACCCUAACAAAAACUCAAGAUGGGUAAGAAGUUAGGCAUGUUGCUGUUCAGAGCAAAUGUUGCAAUCAUUUCAAUGAAAAGUAGGCUAACAACUUAGUAAGUAAUAACAUUUAGUUUUUAUGUUUCCAUUUCUCUCACCUCUGUGUGAAUGCCAAAUACCAGUUUGUACUACACAUUCACAAUAUUGUAACUUGUGCAAGUAGUGUUUUAUUGGCUGUUGUAAAAGAUUUGAAGAAAGUACAAGUACCUUCCCAAAAAUGUAUAACACUUCAGAGGAGAAAGGUUGACUGACACAUUUCUGCAAACUUGAGGUGACAUGGCAGUGUAUUUGCUAGUAUUUCCAUUAAAAAGCUCACCCAGACCAUAUUGUUAAGUGUCAUACCCUUGGUAAUGUCUGCAAAUGAUUUCUGUGUAGUUACAGUUCUAAAAUUAUACCUUGGUUGUCUAGUUCAACUAACAAAAACUGUAGCUAUACCCCUUUCCAAGAAUAGCACUUUGGAUGAGAAUGUUAAGACUGAAGGUUUGUUAGUUAUGAAAAAUACAAAUUGAUUAAAAAUUUGUUAUAUUUGCUACUAAGUUAUAUUACUCUGACACUA